AUCAAAUAUAUAUACUGAACAAGGUUGUCUUGUCUUUCCAGAGAUUAGAGAGAGAGAGAAUGGGGAAGACCAUGGCGGUGGGAGUACACUGCAUCAUCGCCUUGCUAAUUCUGUCCGGUGCGGAUCUAGUCAGGUCCGACGGGUCCGAUCAUCGGUACAAGGAAGGAGAUUUUGUCCCUCUGUAUGCCAACAAGGUCGGCCCGUUUCACAACCCCAGUGAAACGUACCGAUACUUUGAUCUCCCAUUCUGCUCACCAGAUGCGGUGAAAGAGAAAAGGGAAGCUCUUGGUGAAGCAUUGAAUGGGGAUCGUUUAGUCAGUGCCCCUUACAAACUUGAGUUCCUAAGGCAUAAAGAUACCGAAGUAGCUUGCAAGAAAACACUCACAAAGGAAGAAGUAGCCCGGUUCAGAUCUGCUGUCAACAAGGACUAUUACUUCCAGAUGUAUUAUGAUGACUUGCCCACUUGGGGUUUCAUAGGGAAGGUUGACAAGGAAGGCAAAGACCCGAGCGAGUACAAGACCUACCUUUAUGAGCACAUUCAUUUUGAUCUCUAUUAUAACAAAGAACGCGUGAUUGAAGUCAAUAUUCGAACAGAUCCAAAUGCACUGGUUGACCUUACUGAGGAUAAAGAAGUUGAUGUUGAAUUCAUGUAUACUGUGGAGUGGAAGGAAACAACCACUCCUUUCGAUAAGAGGAUGGAUAAGUAUUCUCAGUCCUCAUCCUUGCCUCCUCUCGUCAAUGCCUAUGAAUUAUAUACUAUCACUAGACCUCUAAUCACCAACCCUAAAGAUGUGGAAGGGCUAGAAAAACUGGGAAGUGUAUUUGAAGGACUGGAAAGAGGAUAUGAUACGCAAGAUAAACUUAAUGGUGAUCCUUGGUCUUUCAGCCUCGUUAGUAGUGAACUGGAAUCUCAGCAGCCAACGCUUGUCUGGCCCAAUUCCAGACUUUGGAUCCAUGGAUGCGCUGCUGGAAAUUGAUUUUCACAACAACAGCUUGAAUGGACCUAUUCCGGAUUUCCUUGGCUCCUUACCUAAUCUAGAACUACUGGAUUUGUCAGGGAACAGACUCACUGGAUCCACACCUACCUCUCUUUCAAAUAACGAAAACCUUACGUUAGAAGAUUAGGGAGAGAAAGAGAGAGAAUGGGGAAGACCAUGGCGGUGGGAGUACAUUGCAUCAUCGCCUUGCAAAUUCUGUCCGGUGCGGAUCUAGUCAGGUCCGACGGGUCGGAUCAUCGGUACAAGGAAGGAGAUUUUGUCCCUCUGUAUGCCAACAAGGUCGGCCCGUUUCACAACCCCAGGUAAAACCCCAGCACUCCACCCUGCUCGAUCUCAAAGUUCCAUGCUUUCUUAGCUCAGUUCAGCUUCUGGGUUUGUUCAUUUCACUGUUAAUCGUUAUGUAUCUGAGUUUAUUCCCACCCAUUUGUUUGGUUACUGAGAAAAUUUGCAUGCUUUACAAGUUCUGGUUCAACUCGUAUAAGCUAGACAUUGUGAUUUGGAAAUUGAAUUUUCAUUGGCUAUGCGUAAAUAUCAGAGCUUGAUCUGUUUUUGAAAGAUUUGAUUUGGGUUCUUAGUCAUUUGCCAUCAAGUUCUUUAGUCAACCUGUGUUUUGUUUUCGUUGAAAUUGCAUGUGUAUUGUUCUUCGAAGCUUAACUCUGUUUUUGCUAGACUAGAUAAUAAAAUUGGAAACUUUCUUCGGUCAGUUUUCUAAUACAUAUAAUAAGAAAUGUCAAAAACAAAUACAUAUACUGAUCUAAAAAUUUAAGUACGCCAUGAAGAGAUAAAUAAAAAUUACGAUUUACAAAUGUCAAAGCAAACAUACGAGGAGAAAGUACUCUUCAAAUUGCUAAUCUCACAUAUUACUCUAAGCUAACCACAAUAAACUCUUCUACCACAACUCUUAGCCUGCAAAUAUGAAUAAAGGUUAGAAUUCACGUCUUAUUGCAAACAUAAAUAUACUCUCAUUCUGCUGAAUUGUGAACUGAGAAACAAAUGCAUGGAUGUAGGAAAAGAUUUAUAAGAUCUUUAAAAAUGUAUUAAAAAAAAGGGUAAUCGUCCUUUUAUAAAUGCUUUAUUAUACUUUGUACCUCAUAUUUUCAAUACAAAUUUAACUAUUGGUCUCAAAUCUUUCAUUGGCAACCUUUUUUUUUUCAAAGGUUGUACUACAGUAUUGUAUUUCAAAAUAUCUUGCAAUUUGCCAAUUAGCUUUGUAAGAUUUCUUUAAAAUGUUUAAAAACUGUUGAUAAGCACAUAUCGUCAAUAAAUUAUAAUCUAUUUCUUGGACGGUAGCUUGGAUCGCAUCUUUCUUUCUACAUGAUUGAAUGAAGAAGGAAAAAGUUAGUAACAAAUAGAUUAUUAAGUUAAAAGAUUGGCGUCAUGUUUGAGAUUUGCUUAUAAAAUGACUAAAAAGUUUUUUCCAUCACCUAAAAGCAAUUCUAACAUUGUUUCACAUAAAUUACUAAGAAAACCCGACCAGUUAAAGUUAGCUUUAAAAUUAUUUAUUAAAAAAAUUAAAUUGCAUUGGAGUAACGGAAGAUUUAUAAUAUCCUAACUUGAAAGGCUCAUUGUCCUUUAAAAAGCGAUUCCGGAGACAUAUUUCGGCCAAACUGGAAUCCUUUGUUUCAGAAACAGAAAAACACAAAAAAAUAUUCUUAACAAAAAUAAUUACCUGAGGUUCCAUUUAGCGCAAACAUAAGGGCCAAUCUGGAGAUUAACAAAUAGGCCUGCUUGUUACACCAGCAUGAUGAAUUUGACCAAAUUAUAUCCGUCCUCAAAAUAAUACUGCAAAUUUGAAAAACA